GCGAAUAAUCGAGCGUAGCGUAGUGGUACGCACGGCCAACUAAAUCGAUUUGGUUGGUCGCCAAAUAUACCAACCCAAACAUUGAUUUGUGGAACGAGGCCAACAGUGCCAACACCUACACAAAUAGUCAUAUACAAACAUUGGACUUGUUACGCUGUCUGAUUGGUUAGUGAGAAAAAUUAUUGUAUUUAUUAGCAAAUUUCAAAGAAUGUCGUGGAGCAAUGAUUUAGUGCUGGAAUUUUUGGAACUGUAUCGAAGGGAACAGCACCUAUGGGAUCCAAAACAUCCACAGCACAAAAAUAGAAUCGAAAAUAACAAUGCCUGGCUCAGAAUACAAUCAUCUUUAAGCAUUCAUUGCUCGGUCGUCGAUCUUAAAAAAAAGAAGGAAUCGCUGAUGACUUCCUUUAGAAUGCAUUUAAAAAGAAAAUUAAAAUCGCAAGAUGGAUACAGUACGACUUGGUUUGCUUAUCCGAUAAUGGAAAGCUUUCUUGGCGGGAAAUAUGAAUGUGACAACACCAACCAAUUGGAACAUGAGUUCUAUACUAAUGACAAUCAAUUCAACACUCAAACGUUACUGUCCGAAGCGAGCACGCCGCGGACCGCGAACCCGACCGACAAGAAAUCCAACAAACAAACGGUUCAAGUAAACAAUUCGAAAACGAAGAACUUCGACAAUACCGAAUUGAAAUACGCAAAGAAACAAAUGGACGAUGCUGUAACGUAUUUGAAGAACGUUGCGGCUCAGAAACGGGAAUCAGACGAAUGUGAACUCUACGGGCGACUGCUCGCUAAGAAGCUACGGAAAUUAGACGAACAUCAACGAGACGUGGCCAUGCACGAAAUAGACAAUAUAAUGUUCAGGGCGAGAAUGCAGACCGGUGGCACGCAACGGAGUUACACGGCUUCAACUUCGCCAGUACCGAGGAAGAUUAAAUCCCCGAUCUUCAUUGUGACCCAGGAAAACGGACAACAGUUCGAAGAUGAGAAUACGCCUUACCAAAAUCACAUGCAAGGACUGCAGCAGACGUAAUACAAAUAUAUUUUGUUUCAAUGGCUAAAUGACUGUGAUUUUUAAACUAGAAAUAUGUGAAAUAGAUCGAUACGUCUCAGACAGGUCGUUUGAGAUAAUUGGCUACAUUAUUUAAGGUUGUUCAUAAUCGAAGCUAGGGUUGAGCUAAGCCAUUGUGACGGAUUCGGACAGACCUUUUUAGUUUUUAUCGAAACCGAAGCUCGAACUGUUACAAAAUCAUUAAAUGUGAGCCCCACAGGUAGCUGCCAUCUUCAUGCUUAUUUCUGCCGCGGAGUAGUCAUGCUUUUUGGUUUAACAAUACAUGUUUUUUUUCCUACUUAUUCGCUUAUAACCUAAGAGGCUAUUUCCAGCUACGCGCGGACGGGUAGGCGAGCCCGCGGGUUCAAUUUGAGCUCAAUCUAACACUGGCUCUACUAAGAGUAGUGCUUCGUAGAAUCCACUACCGGAUCGGAAUAGCGAUCCACCGAAGACCACACGAUCUAAUUGGGAAUUUUCGAAUUGUAUUCCUUAUUCGAUUCCUACAAUAUUAAGUGGGUAGUAAACUUAUUACUUGCUUUCAUCUGCUCAUUUAGUUCGUAAAAACAAAUGUCGGAUGAGAUAAAUAAUAUGGUGGUGGCAUUGAGCUGGUCUGAUGGUGUACCCGGAAUGCGAAUCGCGAUACCCUUGCCUAGAAAACAAUGGGUUUGUGCUUUUUUAAUUUUAUCUUUAUGAGUAGUGCUCGCAAAACAUUUAUUUUUUUGUUUGCACGAGUUCUUAUAAACUUAUGGCAAUCGUACUCGUAAUUAGCAGAAUUUAGAUUCGAGGAAUAGAGUGUUCUCUGUAUACGUAGUGUCCGUAAAAACGUAUGAUUUUAAGUGAUUAAGUUUUUAAAUAGUUAAAGUAGGUACUUUUACCAUUUAAUCUCGCUUGUUUUAAACUGCACACUUCUGCAACCCAAAUAUUUUUUGAAUUGUACAACGUUAAUGUUUUUGAUACAGCUUUGUUAAAUAUUACACUUAUUUUGUCUAAAUUUUAUUUGAAAAUUUGCAUACCCAAUAAUAAUAUUAAAAUUAAAAUUGAAGGAAUUUUAAUGGGUCUGUCGUAUGAGACUCAUAUCGUAAGAGGCGUAUCAUCAUCAUCAUCAUCAUCAACAGCCCACAGACGUCCACUGCUGGACAUAGGCCUCUCCCAAUCCACACCACUGAGCACGGUCUGCGGCUCUCCUCAUCCACUUCUUGCCGGCCACCGUGCGGAGGUCAUCGCACCACCUAGCCAAGUAUGAGAGAUCUAAAAUCUAAACCCUACAGUAACACAAUUCUACGUGCGUUAUAUCUUUUUUUUUUCACAUAAUGAAUCAUUUCUGGCUUACAAAUGUAUGAGAUAUGGUACACAAACGUCAUGUUUAAUGUAAUUUUAACAUAAAUUUAUUUGGACUGUAAAGAUUGUAUAAAAUACGAACUGUAAGUGCAAUGAUUUUAAUAUAUACAUAUACUUAUAUUUUUUUAAUGUAACUAAAGAGUUCAUUUUAAUUUGUUUGUUAAACAAUUGGAAACCUGUUGCUUAUUUAUUACCUAUAUUUAUAAAAAAAUGUUAGUUACGAUAAGUAAGAAGUGCCUAAAAUAGGUAAAUAAGUUAUUACUAUAAGAGUACUCGUGGAUAUUAUGUGUGGAUAAUUUUAUUUACCAUGAAAUAGUUUUGAUGAAUGUCGAAAUAAUUCACUAGAUCAAGGCAUCGCAUGAAUGGCCGCGGAAGGCAACUUGACUCUUCACUAGUGACAAGCUUUCUGCCGGUGACAAUGAAAAAUUAAAUGAUUCUUAAUCAUGCCAAUUAGCGGUACAUCGGUGUUUCUCAAUGCUCCUGAUAUUUGGACUAUAUACUCUCCCCUGCCUUAGAACGCGGAAAAAAAACGCACGGAGUUUAUCCGUAACCGUCGCGAACAAUACAUAGUUGCUCAAAAUUAUUAAUGGGAAAAAUAACAUAGUCCAACAAAACAAGAAUGUUUAAUAAAAAUUUCUCAAGUU